AUGUCCCCCACCAUCGGUUUUCAUCCACUUUCCCAUCUGUGCAUCCACCACCCUUCACAUCGCAUCGACACUAGGGGUUACGGCGUCUGCCACCACAGCAGCAUGCGCCUUCAGCAGCAAGACAAGUCGACGGCUAGGACACAUCCCACGCAGCCACAGCCACGUUCCAGGUACCUGGGCACCAAGCCCGCGCGCUUCAGUCGACCCAAGGGAAGGGAAGGGAGGCCCACUCCCACGGCAGCUAGGUAGGUACGCUGGUUAACCUCCGUGGACCCCAGGCCCCCAGUCCCAGUGCCCGCCUGGUCACCUUGGCUGCUGCUGCACCAAACCGCGGGCGGGCAGUGGCCUCUCCCUGUGAGCCUGCGUGAGGUGAGCUGAACCUGGAGCAGGACCUGGAGCUGGUGCCCCCCGCUCGACGCCGCAACGCAACAAAAUCUCUCUCCGUUCUCUUGCAAACCCCCGUACGAACCGCAGCAAGCACGCACGCACGCACGGCGCAGGACCCAGGGUCAUAUCGUAUCGCACCGUGCCGUACCGUACCGUAUCGCAUCUCCUCUCUCCCAUAAACCUCGCACCGGUAUACAUACGGCACAUCUCUCAUCAGCCCCUGCCUGCCUGACCCUGACGAGCCCUGCAUCUUUGAGACUGUUGAACAAACAUGGCCCCAUCAGAUCAGUCAGCCGCCAACAACCGAGCCUCCAAGGCAUCGGGGGAUGCCGACCUUGCCCAGGCCUACCGGGAUCUCGCUAGGGGUGAGCAGACUGCCACCGCCCUUGAGGCGAACCUUUCCAAUCUCGAGAGCAAACUUGAUGCCAUCCUCGCCGCCCUCGAGGCCAGAGCCGACCCACAGGCGCCCACCUCCGCCACAGCUGCUGAGGCCGAAGCCCCUGUCGAGACUCCUAGCCAAGCAGAUGGCCAUGCGGAGGCAAAAGAGGGUGCUGACAAGGACAAGCACAAGGGCAAGGAGGAUACGGCGUGAGGGGGAGGGGGCUGGUGCUCCUACAGUAGCUCCGAGUACAUGUGAAUAA